AUAAGCCGGCGGAUGGACACACGUACAGGGGAGGCGGUUUAUGUACAACCGUCAAGGCGGGUCUGCGCUGUGCCGAGUUUUCUGUUCACCAUUUGAGAGGUGUUCUUGCAGGGCAGAACGCGAGCAAAUAUAGGAAAAUGGCUGAUCAACUGACAGAAGAGCAGAUUGCUGAAUUCAAAGAGGCCUUCUCACUAUUCGACAAAGAUGGCGAUGGCACCAUUACCACUAAAGAGCUUGGUACAGUGAUGCGUUCUCUUGGGCAGAACCCAACGGAAGCUGAACUUCAGGAUAUGAUCAAUGAAGUGGAUGCAGAUGGUAAUGGAACAAUAGACUUUCCAGAGUUCCUGACCAUGAUGGCAAGGAAGAUGAAAGACACAGACAGUGAGGAGGAGAUCAGGGAAGCUUUCAGAGUAUUUGACAAGGAUGGAAAUGGAUACAUCAGUGCUGCUGAGCUGCGUCAUGUCAUGACCAACUUGGGGGAGAAGUUAACAGACGAGGAGGUCGAUGAAAUGAUCAGAGAAGCAGAUAUUGAUGGUGAUGGCCAGGUUAAUUAUGAAGAAUUUGUACAGAUGAUGACAGCGAAGUGAAAUCCUUGUACAGAAUUUCUUGUAUAAAACUUUGCCUUUUCUUUUUAAUCUAUGUAAAAUGUUUCAUUUUAAUUAUCCCCAUCUUCUGCUGUCCAAAGGAACUGCAUGUGUAAUUUUCUUUUUGUUUUGCCCCUUUCCGCACUUGGUAAUUGUUAACAUUUUCAUCUAGUGGGCUGUCACAGGACCAGGUGAUGGGUAUAAGGCAGACAGUUUGGUUGGCACUUUUUGUGCUUGUUUUUUCUUUUUUCUUUUUUUUUUUUCUUUUUUCUUUUUUUUUCCUUUUUCUCAGUCUGCUUGCCCGUCACCUCAUGAGCGGAGUCCAAAUGACUCCAAUUCCUCUUUCCCUCUUUCCUAUGUUUUUGAGGAACUGCUCUGCAUGGUCAGUGGACUACAUCUAAAAGUGGAAGAAAAUCUUCAACAUUGCACUAUUGCAACAUCAGUGAAUUAAAUACUAACGGGUUUAUCAGCAGGUACUCGUACACUAUAGUCUUUUUGUAUUUCUGUUCUCUCGUUAUUACUAUGCUUUAUAAUUAGUCACUUCUUCUUUGUUAACUGCUUAUGGCACAGACAUGCCUCAAAGAAUCCAUUCCAAGUUGUAUAUUUGUUUUCCAAUAAAAUUAACAAUUAAUCCCAAA